CACAGCACAUUCCUGGGUAGUCUUCAGCUGCCAGCAUCUGAUUAAAACCAUAUCUCUCCCUGUGAGUGGCUAACUAAACAGAAGGUUCGCGUACGGCUGAAUAUUUAACCGGACCCGGCCCGCAGUGUCCGUUCACUCACCGGCUGCAGCAGCGGGAUCAUGCACGAAGAAGCGGCACGGAUCUAGUCUUGUCAGAAUAGUAUGCCUGUCCACUGAGGGAUCACUAACUAGAUUCCAGUAGCAGAUCAAGUGUGGCAUUUAAUGCUCCUGGAGUUGUGAGGCUGGCCUCUCCCACCAUGUCAAGUGAAGCGGAAGCAACCAGUGUCGUCAACAACAACCAGCCUGCCCAGCAACAGGCACCGCUGAAAACGCAACCUUCCAAAAAGGAGAAAAAGAAAGGACCAGAAAAGACAGAAGAAUUCCUCUUGGCCAGAUUUCAAGGUGAUGGUGUAAGAUACAAGGCCAAGUUGAUUGGUAUUGAUGAUGUUCCAGGAGCAAGGGGUGAUAAGAUGAGUCAAGACUCGAUGAUGAAGCUAAAGGGUAUGGCAGUUGCAGCCCGUUCUCAAGGACAACACAAGCAGAAAAUAUGGGUGAACAUCUCUCUCGCUGGACUCAAAAUCCUAGAUGAGAAGACGGGGGUUAUUGAGCAUGAGCAUCCAGUCAACAAAAUCUCCUUUAUUGCUCGGGAUGUGACUGACAAUCGUGCGUUUGGCUACGUCUGUGGAGGAGAAGGGCAGCACCAGUUCUUUGCCAUAAAAACAGCACAGCAGGCUGAACCUCUAGUUGUAGAUCUGAAGGAUCUUUUCCAAGUGAUCUAUAACAUGAAGAAAAAAGAGGAUGACAAGAAAAAGAAUGAAGAAACCAAGGCAGAGAAUGGUAGCGAUGAAGCAACUGCUGACCAAGCUGGCAAAAUAAAGCUGGGUGUUGACCAGAUGGAUCUGUUUGGAGACAUGUCUACUCCUCCUGACCUGAGCAGUCCCACAGAGGCUAAAGAGGUCUUGUUAGUGGAUUUAAACUCUGAAAUUGAAGCUCCUCCAGCUUCUCUCAAAGAGGAGGAUCUCUUCUUGAAUGACAUCACGCCUGCUCUGCCAAAGCCACAGCUACCCUUCUUGCCUGAAAACGCUUUCCCCACCACCCUCAACUUCUUUCCUACCCCCAAUCCUGACCCUUUCCGUGAUGAUCCUUUUACACAACCUGACCAAUUGGCACACCUCUCACCUGAUUCUCUAACACCUCCCAGUCAGAAGAUGGAAAGUGUGACUAGCUCAGUAGGGAGUGGCGGUCUUGUGAAUGGUGAUGUAGACUACUUUGGGGAACAGUUUGACCAGAUUUCCAACCGGACUGGCAAGCAGGAAAUGCCAGCCAGCCAGUGGAUGCUUGAAAGCAAGCCAGUGCCGCUAGCCACAAGGACUUCGAAUGGGGUGCCAGAGAGAGAACAGAAUGGCUUCACGGCCAAGCCCUCAGCAAGCAUGUUCACCAAUGGCUCUCCCAAAGGAUUACCUGUGCAAAAUGGAUUACGGCUAGACCUAGAGAGCAGCACCCAGCUGAUGACUCAUGACUCGAUCACGAUAAGUCCACCUCCACAAAGUACCAAGCCAGGAAGAGGAAGGAGGCCUGCUAAGGGGGCAGCCAAUGACUUAUUUGGCUCGGACAUCUUUUCUCCUGGCCUUUCUGCAACAAGCACCCUGACUACUGCAGCACAGCAAGCCAAUCCUCUCAACCUCUUCAAAACGAGUGCUCCUGCGGCAGCUCCCCUGCCUAUACUGGGUGGGUUGCCUACAUCAACUUCUCCAACACCAGCAUGGGGACCCCAAUCGGCAGUCUUCAGCCAGCUCCCUUCAGUCUUUCCUGGAUCUACUCUGGGUGCUCAACCCACAGCCUUCACUCCACCUCUUGGCUUUGGUGCUACUCCACAAGCUUCUAGCUGGAACCCCUCAACUUCCUUGGGAGCCCCGACUCAGUCUCCAACUCCUGACCUCUGGGGUCAGCCCACACACGCUUCUCCUCCUCCUCCUAGUUCUUGGUCACAGCCAGUCGCCCCUGGAAACCCUUUCCAGGCCAGCAUUUUCCCAUCAGCACAGAACCCAUCUAUGUUGUCUUCCAUGUCAUCGCCCAGUCCUCCUCAGCUGCCUCCCAGAGCAGCCCCUCAGAAGGAGCUCACAAAGAAAGAGAGUGAUGCCUUCACAGCUCUGGAUCCACUUGGUGACAAAGAAAUAAAGGAUGUAAAAGAGAUGUUCAAAGACUUCCAGCUGACAAAACCACCUGCAGUGCCUGCCAGGAGGACAGAACUGCAGCAAGUGCCACCAAAGCCUGUUCCCAGGCAAAACUCUGUGCCACCUACCAAGCCUGCUGAAGACCUGUUUGAAAACCCUUUUAUGGCAGAUCCUUUUGGUGCACCCUCACAAACUUCAACUGCAGCUCGUCCACAGCUGUCUUCUGCUCCAUUUGGUGAUCCUUUUGGAAAUCCCUUUGUAUAAACUCGAAAGAAGUGGGAUACUGGCGAAGGAAUAACUGGACUGCUAUGGCAAAUGUUUGUAACAGACAACUGGACACCCCUGUUCUCGCUCUGCAUUGACUGUCUCAUUCUCUGUCCACUUCUGGAUUGCAACUCAUUCCAAGAAGUCUCUGGAUUGUGGCCACCUGAUGCUAGAGACUGAACUGGAGCUGGUGAGGGUGAACCUCAGCCCAUGUGGUCUGAAGAAAUGGAACACUGUCUGGUAUGGGCUCUUGUCUUCAACCACCUUGGCUUUUAAAGGCUUGGAAGCACUUAAUUCUAAACCGAGGAAGGCAACUUCCUCUGCAAUCGCCUUGGGCUCACCAGCAUGGAAGAGAUAGGAACUGGCUUGGAACUUGCAACACUGAGUCACCUAGAUCAUAAACCAUCACCAGGAUGGUUAUCCAUUCCUCUUCCUUACCUUAUUGCAAGCUUUAAACACUUUCACCACUCCAUCCCCCUCAUUCUUCUCCCCCCUCACAAAAAUGAAUGUCUCUGGCAAGUGAUUUAGCUCCUCACUGGCCAGUUCUUAAAAGGUAACUAUUGGCUUCAAAGGAUUUUUCUUGGUAAUCCAGUGGAAGCUGAGCUGCUCAUAGCAAUGUUGUCUUCAGGAUGGUCAGAAUGGCUUGUGAUCUUGUGAAGUGCCUUGCCUCUGGCAAAACUCCGCUGGCAAGAGUGUCUGGUUCCAUUAGCAAGCCAAUGCUGAGGAAAGGAUAAAUGUACUAAAAACAAGCCACUGCUGAGAGAAGAUAACGAAACAGACCAGUUCUUUAAAGUGUGAUCUCUCUCAUUUGUCACUUGUGAAAACGGAAAUCAGUUGUACUCUGAACAGCUUGUCUUGCCAAGCAAAAUAGGAUUUUGCUGAUCAAGGUAUGGUAUAGCUUUUUCUAUAGCGUGAUAAAGACACCACUUAAAUGGUGGGGGGGCUUCCAAGCAAUUGGGCAGAACACAUAAGAACCAUGUAUUUGUAUUCAUAAAGUCACAAUGGAGACAAACUUGAAAUAGUAUCACUGUGUCAUGGUUAGGUCAACAUAAAAUUGGAGAUCAGCUUAGAUUAAAAACACUUAAGUCCGUAGUGACCAGUCUGUUAAUGCAAUCUGCUCUGUAUAUACUCUACUGCACUUUCCUGUAAUGCAAAAAUCUAUCAAUUUAUAUGUGUUUGUCUCAGACUGGAAAUGUAGGAAUUCAUGGAUUGUGUUACACUGUCAAAAAAAAAAAAAGUAGUCAAAUAUUCUGACACAUUAAAGGUAACUUCAUUUCAAAAGUGGAA